UUUCUGUUAGAUGACUUGCCUUUGGCAGGACAGAUAAUCGAUGCCAGAUAGAACUCAUCAUUCAACAUGGAGCAGCAGCCUGUGAGCGCCUUACAAGCGCAAGCUCUGAAAAGGAAAGAAAAGUUAAAGGCCCUUAGAGAACGACAGCUUCAAGGGAGAGACCAAGCUGAAGGAGAACCUGAUUGCAAGAGAGCAGCAGCAGCAGAAGAAGUAGAAACAGAAGACAGACACAGAGACCUGAAGUUGAGGAACUACACCCCAGAAGAUGAAGAGUUAAAGGAAAGACAGGUGCCCAAAGCUAAACCUGCAUCAGUGGAAGACAAAGUAAAAGACCAGCUAGAAGCCGCAAACCCAGAGCCCGUCAUAGAGGAAGUGGAUCUGGCCAAUUUAGCUCCAAGGAAACCAGACUGGGAUCUAAAGAGGGAUGUUGCAAAAAAGCUGGAAAAGCUGGAAAAAAGAACACAGAAAGCCAUCGCUGAACUUAUAAGGGAGCGGUUGAAGGGGAGUGAGACAGAGUUGGCUGGAGCUGUUGGAGCAGUUGCUGAAGAAGAAGCAGAUUCGGAUUGAGCCCGUGUUCUGUAGAUGCGCGUUCUGUGUGCUGCAAGUGCCUCUGCAGGAUGAGUGUCGCUCGUUAUUUCAGCAUGUGACCUGAAGAGGGAUGCUGGAGUUCAGAUGUAAUGUGGUGUGUGUGUGUGUGUGUGUGUGUGUGUGUGUGUGUGUGUGUGUGUGUGUGAGAGAGAGACAAAAUGAAAGACAAGUGUACAAAGAUUUGUAUCGGGUAUCCUUAUCCUGAAAUCCAGAUUUCAGUUUUUUCAUACUUAAAUAAAAUAUUUGUUCUAUUUCUAUUA